GUCAUUCUUUCCCAUCAUGCUUUGUACCGCAGAGCCGGAAGUGUUUCAGUUUUGUGCGCUUAUUCAAAACAACUAAACAAACCAUGAACGUGCAUCUGGGUGUUUGUCAUGUUUGAUAUUUCAAUGCGGUUUUGUGUUGCUAAGCCUAUCAGGGAUAAUGGAGCGGCAUGAAUGCCCCACCGAGGAGGUGGAUGGAGAUGGUAGCGAAUCCUCAACCAUAGGUUCACCUGAGAUGGACCGUAACCCUUCACCUCCUCCAGAGGAAGAUGAACCCAAGGCCAAUGAGGAGGCAGACGCCAUUGGUGAGACGGUGUACAGCAAACAUUGGCUCUUCAGCACCCUGACCCGGCUUAUUCAGAUGGUGUCAGAUGAAGAACAGGAACAAAGUGACGCUUCAGUGGUUUUAACAGAAGAGCUGGAAGAAGACUUGUGUAAAGUGUGGGACAUGGCUAUGGAUAAGGACGUGUCUGUUUUUCUACAAGAGUUUAAGGCUCCAGACAUUUUAUUGGGUGUAAUUGCAAAGUCACAUAAUCCACGUCUCACUGAAAUCUGUGUUGGAAUUCUGGGUAAUAUGGCUUGUUUCCAUGAUACAUGUCUACUGCUCAGUCAGAACGCCGACCUUGGUGCUGUAUUACUGCUGCUGCUCGGUGACAAUGAUCCUCCUACAUUACUGGAAACCUGCAGGCUCCUGCUAACUUGUGUAUCUCAGCCCGAUGUCGCCCCUCUGUGGCUGGACAGAAUACAGCAGCAACCAGCAGUGUGUAACAGUCUCGGUUUCAUAAUGAGCAGUUCAACAAACGUGGAUUUGUUGGUUAAGGUCGGGGAACUGGUGGAUAAGCUCUUUGAUGAGGAUGAGGAGCUGAUGAAGAGUUGGGUGUCUGCGCCCAGCAGGAGUGACCCGAAUGAGGACGGACAGCAGGACGUCGCCUCUUCUCUGCUUGAGGCGGCGACACAGCUUAGGUCAGAGAGUCCAGAGGGACUUGAAGUGUAUCUUCAUUCACUCCAGCUUCUAACAACAGUAGAAGAGGGCAUGCAGGCCCUGGUUGGAGGGUGUGGUAACGCCAUCUGGGAGUUUUUGUGUAAGGUCGUGUGUGAGGACUUAUGUCAGCCGGAUGACCCGCCGCUCAUUUUACAGGAGCAAAAAGCUAUCCUGGCCCCAGCCCUCGCACUGUUGUCUGCGUUACACUCCGGCCUUCGCACAAAUAUUAGUGCAGAAUUGGUAGGAAGUGUUCUUCGCGUUCUGCGGUUCUAUGCUGAGUACCGUCAGAGUCGGACGGAUGGCAAUUCGGAACCGGAAAGAAAGGACGAUAAAGAGGAAACGGAUGUACAGCUCAAAGCUUUAGUCGAAAGCGCAGCUGACUUUCUCUCUAUUGUACUUAUGGAAAUACCCGAGGAUCUCUUAUCUUCAUUAGUCAAGGAAGGACAUUUGACAGAGAAAAACUGUAUUUCUGCCGUCAGCGCUCUUCUACCGCAGUACACUUCAGUGGUACAGCACAUGGUCUCUCUCUUGUCAGAGGUGGAACCCAAACUGGCAGACAAGAUAAAGAAAGACUUUUCCAUUUCAUCCGAUACAUCAAGAUGAACCAGGCCAAACAUAACCGGCUUUUACAAUAGAUUUAGCUUUUAUUGUAAAUGGUCUACCUUUCAGUUAUUUCUUCAUUAAGUUGUUGUAUUAAGUCCAUGUUUAUAAACUUUCUAUUAUAAUUCUAUUUAGUAAACAUUUUUAGUAAA